AUGGGGAAGACCACCAUCCGCGGCAUGUGGGCCGAUAUCAAGGCAUAUCGACAAGCCUACAUCCUCACGCUCGUUGCAUCCUUCGGUGGCAUGCUCUUCGGCUGGGACACAGGACUUAUAGGAGGUGUCCUUACGAUGGACGCUUUCCAGAACUCAUUCAACCUCGACAAAAAGAGCAAAGAUUUCGCCAAUCUGCAGGGGAAUAUUGUUAGUGUACUCCAGGCAGGAUGCUUCUUCGGCGCGAUGAGCUCUUUCUAUGUCAGCGACAAGUUUGGCCGCAAGACUGCUCUGAUAAUAGCCGACGCUAUCUUCAUCAUCGGUUCGACUAUUCAGACGUGCUGCGGCAUCGGCAACACCAGUUUGAUUCCACUCUACAUCGGACGGUUCAUCGGGGGCUUCGGUGUUGGACUAAUAUCAGCCGUGGUACCUACGUACAUCGGUGAGAACGCCAAUAAAGAAAUUCGAGGCCGCUGCAUUGGAUGCAUGCAGCUAUUCAAUGUCACCGGUAUCAUGUUUAGCUACUUCGUCAAUUAUGGCAUGGCACUAAACAUGGAGGGCAGCCUCUCAGACCUUAAGUGGAGAGUGCCAUUUGCGUUGCAAGUCCUCCCGGGCGCCAUCCUUUUGGCUGGCAUCAUUUUCCAAAACGAGUCACCCCGUUGGCUGGUUGAGAAGAAUCGCCACUCAGAUGCCCAGACUGCGCUUGCUAAAGUUCGCGGCAAGGCGGAAGACGACCCGUCGGUCCUUCAGGAACUCAACGAGAUCAUUGAGGACUUCCAAGGCCACGAGCAGUUACCUCUCCUUGGUCAGCUCAAGGCUGUGGGCGAGAGCAAGCGCGUGUUCUAUCAGGCUUCCUUCGCAGUUAUCCUCAUGGUCUGGCAACAAUUGACUGGCACCAACAGCAUAAAUUACUACUCACCACAGAUCUUCCAAUCCAUUGGGCUGCAAGGUACCAACGCUGGCCUCUUCGCAACAGGCAUCUACGGAGUAGUGAAAGUCGUGGUCACAGCGCUGGGCCUCAUGCUGGCGACUGAGCAAAUAGGUCGAAAGUGGUCGCUGAUCAGCGGAGCUAUCGGCCAGGCCUUCGCCAUGUACUAUAUCGGUAUCAACAGCGCAGCUCAUCCACCGAGCAUCUAUGGCCUUGACGGCAACGGCAUCUUCUCCAUCAUCUGCGUCUAUCUCUUUGUUGUCUUCUACUCCUUCGGCUGGGGACCGACGCCGUUUAUUCUGUCUUCCGAAUGCUCGCCCAAUCACGUUCGGAGCUUAGUUAUGGCCGCCGCGCUCAUGACACAGUGGCUCUUCAACUUUAUCAUCGCAAAACUGACCCCGAUCAUGCUCGCGAAGAUAACUUAUGGAACCUUCCUCCUUUUCGGCAGCUUUUGCAUCUUGAUGUGCAUCUACGCCAUCUGCUGCGUCCCGGAGACCAAGUCGGUGCCUCUGGAGAGCAUCAAUUUGCUUUUCGAGGGAAACAUCAUCAAAGGAUGCAUUCGGGACACCAUCCCGCGGCACUCCCGAGCGAAUAAGCUGAAGAAUCACCACAUCACCGACGAUACGGAGUCGGAGGCUGGCUUCGAGGGAAAGGGUGGCCGUACUAAGACCAAGGCGAUUGAGCGGGUUGAGUCGGCAUGA